UAUAUAUUAUUGCAUGUUUGGAGACGGCAGGAAUCAGAACAACAAUGACAAUCUCCGUCCACUUCACUUUGCUCUUUUUUUGGGUGGCACAAGAUUUUGUGAGCUGUGUUAAUAUGACGAUACCCAUCAAUUUCUUGGCUGUAGCGUUGGGUGAUUCUCUAACAUUAAACUGCACAUACAACUGCUCCACUGGAUUUGUUCGUGGCUGUUGGAGCCACGCAUCAGACAACUCUGGCUGCCACAGGACAAAAGAGCAGCAGAGAAGCAGCUUGUGCGUAACGUCCCUUCAUCUAUCAAAUGUGUCUACUGAAGAUCUUAAGAAGAACUACACUUGCUACACAGUAGCUAUAGAUUACCCUCAACUUCCACAAAAAACAGAGCGCAUUGUUAUACUGCAACUCCAAGCUGAACGUGUCCCAAACUGGACAGCUACGCCAAAGACUAAAAAUGCAUCGCUUCCUGCUAAGCCGAAAGAUCCAACUGAAGGAGAAUUUACUGGUAUUAAGGUUUUAGCAACAGUUACCGUUGCUGUGGCCAUGGUGCUUGCAGCAUCAGCCGUUUACCUGUGUCUGAGCCGCAACAGACGGAGCUGGAAUGAUAAAGGGGAGCCUGUUGAGACCAGGUCAGGCUCACGACUACCUCCUCACGCUGCCCCCUCACCAGUCAAGGGGUCACUGUCAACACAAAGUGAAAGAGUGAGGAUUUCUACACCGGAUAUUGAGAGUGACACUGAGGUUCCAUAUGCUGACAUCAUGAUCACUGUCCGAGGUGUCAGUACACCAGAGCUUACUCAGGUCGGAUACUUGACUCCUGGAGAUCAAAAAGAGUGGUGGGGAGAAGAACCAAGGUCUCACAUGCAGGCCUCACGUUCAGCUGACAGGCUGCAUGUCCCCCAGCCCAGAGAGGUCAGCCGCAAGAUGAGCACCAACUCUGAAUAUGCAGUCAUCACAUACGCCUGACUGAGGUCCUUGCUGGUGGAAGAGAUGAGAGAGAGAAGGAAAACAAGCGCCUUGUUUUUUAUAUACAUGUUAAUACACUUCAUGUUUCUGCUUUUUAAACAAUGGUUUAGUAUGUACCUAUCAUAUUGUUUUGUACGUCUUCUAUGUGUAAAAUGGACCCGCAUUCAUAUCCAAUAAAGCCAUUAUUUCUUGUAAGUUUUGAGCCUU